GCCAUAUCCACAACCACACAACACACAACACACACAACACACAACCCAACGGCCACAACAUCAACACACCAGUAGGAACACGAGUAUGGGCGAGUUGGACGACGUGGAGCUGGUUGCUGCGUCUGCGGUGGCUGGCGCCGUGUGCUUCCCUGUGACCCUGGCCGUGCUGCAGAAGGCCGUGUUUGUACCCUUGCGAAUACGCGCGCACCAUCGCGUCGUUGGUACGGUUGCGGGACUUGCGUCCGUGUCCGUGGCCGGCCUGGUGUCCACAAUGGCCUGCAGCACCACUGCACGGCACCUGCCGCGCCUGCGCCGCCAGCUGCUUGACCCACAGCCAGAGAAGAUGGCAGAUCGCGCCCUCGCUUGGGCAGAAGCCACGGCACGAGACGUGGCAUCCGCAUGCGAAGGCCUGCCAAACACCCUGCCGGCGGCCAUCGACAGCUACCAGCAGGAGCUGACGGCCAUCGCCGACGACCCCAUGUGCUUCCUGGAGGAGGUGGUGCAUUCCCGCACGUUCAAGCACACCACCAUCGUCUCUGCAGCCACUCUAGCCACCUUUUUCCUGCUGGGGGGCAGCGCCCGUCGAGUGCUCCCAAGCAGCCUGUGGCACAGGGGCGCUUUCGCCAAGGAAGGCCUGCCGGCCAGAAGCGCCAACUACGCAACCGCCACCGAGCGCGUGCUGCUCACCAACAUCGGUCGCCUCCACGGCUGUCACACCUGCGGCACGCGCCGCACAGCCACCUUUGUCGGGGACCACAUGCCGCCCAACAAGUUCGCCAACGGCAGGCCCCAGCGAUUCCUGCCACAGUGCACCCGUUGCUCCAGCAUGCAGGGCGGCAGCGUGUCCAGCAUGAGGAACCGCGCCAUCACACACGGCACGUCGCUCCGCCUGUAUCACCUCUGGCUCCCACUGCCAUGGGUGCUGUCCUCCAUCCUGCUUGGUCCGGGAUUUCCGCCACAAAGCGAACGCAAGUCGUUUGUCGAUGAGCUGUGGGACUACUUCUCAUCCUCCUCGUCCUCAUCCUCCUCAUCCUCCUCAUCCUCCUCGUCCUUUAUCGCGAGCGGCGGUGGCGCACGUGGCACUUCGGGCAGCAACGGCGACGCCGUGCCCACGUGGACAGAGAUGGCAGACACCCUGCAAAGCACGCUGGCUGCGCUUGCAUCCACCACUGCGUCGAUGAGCGUUGCUGCCGCGGAUUCGCUGCUUGGGCGAGCCACAGACGUGCACAACGCGGUGCUGGCCAUCUUGCAGGAGGCGUUCGACUCGGCUGUCACCGCGAUUGCCACCGCCGUCGGCACAGAUAGCGCUUCGCGCGGCGGCGGUGGACACGGUGGCACUGCAAAUGACAGCGGGGCUGGUGGCGGUGGUGUGGUGCAGACGAUUGUGGCCACUGUUGCCGCCGCUACCACCAGGCAAGACAGCGCACAUGACAGCACACGCGCACAAGCGCAGGCAAAUGCGUCAGAGUCACAAGCUGCUCCACAUGGCAGCGAUGGCGGCAAUCGGAGCAGCAACAACAGCAGCAACGGCAGCAACAACAGCAGUAACGGCAGCAGCAACAACGGCAGCAGCAAGACCAACACCAACACCACUACAAGCAGCAACAGCAGCAGCACCCGUCGCACGCAAACAGAUACAGAUUUGCGAGCGGUGUUGUUUCCGCAGGAGGAGGUUGUACUGUCCAUGCAGCACACGCUUCUGCCACGCCAGACGCCUGGGCGGCCCGGUGCCACGCGCGAAGCGCUGGAGCGCACGCAUGCGCAGCUCGCACGCGCGCUUUGCUUGCAAGCAGCAGCCGCUGGCACCGCCGGUGCGGACGCAAGCGUGCAGCGGCAUCGGGAGCUGAUUGAGGAUGAUCUUGCCAUGCUUGACGUCGAGAUGCGGCUGCUCUACGACGAGGCGCCAGGGGAGCAGGAAAGGUAGGUAACACAUGCGACAGCGCGCAUGUAUGUGCGUGCGUGCGUGUGCGCGUGCGUUGGUGUGUUUUGGGCGUGAGUGUGCCUGUGUCUGUAUAUCUGCGUGCAAAUUGACCUAGUUCCUGUCUAUUCACUCGAUACAUGAUGCCAUAACUGCACACCAGCGAGUGUACAACGAGAAUGAAGGCGGAGGUG